UUCAUGUUCUAUAGUUGGCUGCGUGUGGCGAAGAACCUACAUCAUAUUGUUGUACCCCUCCGUCAGCCCGUUCUCAUUGUGAAGAAGGAGUGGAGCGAUCUGAAUAACAUGAGAUAGAUGCUGCUUUUGCCACUUAAUGGCUGCUGGUGAGGAGGAGCGGCCCAACCAUCAGGUCCAUUUCAAGUCGGAAAAAAUGAGCCUGUCGGCUGUGCUCUGGAGCUUUUCGGGAAACCACCUCGGGCUCUCUUUGCAGAGAGCGGGUAGAACAAUCUGCAGACGAUGCUCCAUGACCUAAGCUAUGUAGUAUGGAUACUACUAGGGAUAAUUUUGACACCAGGAACCUGAAAAAGCUUUCGGGGUGCUGCAUCUCAGCAAACCUUUGUACAGCUGAAAAAAGCUCUAUGGAUAUGAAAGAAUUAUCCACAGGAUGACUAGAUUUUUUUUGGUAGACUACAUCAUGUAAUUGUGAUUCUUCCAAUUUCGUUAAAAGACACAAAUAGCAGCCGAGUAGCAGCGAAUUUGAUUGACGGUUUGGUCAGAUGAUGCUGUUUCCAGCUGGCUGCUGGUUGGAAAUGAGAUAAGAGCAUGUGAAGACAGAAAAGGAGUGCCUGUCUAAAUACCAAUUGGGAUUUGUCUCUCCAACAGCUACACCAGUGAGGCAAAUCAAUAUCAGGUAGGCUGAAUGGACGUAUUGACCGGCUUCACUUAGGAGCAUUAGCUGUGGAUGGAGUUAGAUGUUUGCUAAAGGUAUGAAUAUCAAACAAGGUCCUGCAUUCCCUACAGCCAAAACCACCGGUGCCAUGGCACCAAAGAGCCGUCUCCGUGCCGUGCUGAGGAGGUGAGGCUGGCUGAAACCUUGGAGAAAGGGUUCAAAGGAGCGGAGGGGGCAUGGAGCUGGACAAUAGCUCCCUGGACUACUUCACCAGCAACUACACAGAGACUCCCGACACCGUCACGCCACCACCCUGGAGCGAGGCCACGUUACUCGGCCUCCGGAUCUGCCUGUCUGCGCUGCUGGCUCUCGUCACCCUUGCCACCGUGCUCUCGAACGCCUUCGUCAUCGCCACCAUCUUCCUCACCAGGAAGCUCCACACACCGGCCAACUUCCUGAUCGGCUCCCUGGCCGUCACCGACCUGCUGGUGUCUAUUUUAGUCAUGCCGAUCAGCAUCGUCUACACGGUCAGCAAGACGUGGUCGCUGGGGCAGAUUGUCUGUGACAUCUGGCUGUCGUCGGACAUCACCUUCUGCACAGCCUCCAUCCUGCACCUGUGUGUGAUCGCACUGGACCGCUACUGGGCCAUCACGGACGCGCUGGAGUACUCAAAGCGCCGCACCAUGCGCCGGGCGGCGGUCAUGGUCGGGGUGGUGUGGGUUAUCUCCAUAUCGAUCUCCAUGCCUCCGCUUUUCUGGCGACAGGCCAAGGCCCACGAGGAGCUGACGGAGUGCAUGGUGAACACGGACCAGAUCUCUUACACCCUGUACUCCACCUUCGGCGCCUUCUACGUCCCCACGGUUCUCCUCGUCAUCCUCUACGGACGGAUCUACGUCGCCGCACGCUCCCGCAUCUUCAAGACGCCGUCGUCCUCGGGAAAGCGCUUCACCACAGCACAGCUCAUUGAGACCUCGGCGGGCUCCUCUCUCUGCUCCCUGAAUUCUGCCUCCAACCAGGAAGCCCACCCGCACUCUCUCAACGCGGGAGGCGGUGGAGGCGGAGGAGGGGGAGGAUCUCCCCUGUUCAUGAAUAGUGUGAAAGUGAAGCUGGCAGACAGCGUGUUGGAGAGGAAACGUCUGUGUGCGGCUCGGGAGAGGAAAGCCACCAAGACGCUGGGCAUCAUCCUCGGCGCCUUCAUCGUCUGUUGGCUCCCGUUCUUUGUGGGCACGCUGGUCAUGGCCAUAUGUAAGGGGUGCUGGUUCGAUCCGGUGCUUUUUGAUAUAUUUACCUGGCUGGGAUACCUGAACUCCCUCAUCAAUCCGGUUAUCUACACGGCAUUCAACGAUGAGUUCAAACAGGCUUUUCAAAAACUCAUGAAAUUCAGACGGUUCACCUGAAAGAAAGACGGAUUAAAAAUAAACUCUCGGUGAAAAAGAGCCAACUAGAUGCAAACUAGAAAAUUAUGAUAAUGGCAGUAGUGACACUUAAAUAUCCCACCUUGUGAACACAUGCUAAUUGUGCUAAUUGCUAAUUGUGUGUUUUGGAUUUUAUAUCAAACAACUUUGUGCCAUAGCUCUUUAGAAAGCAUCCUCCGUUUAGACUGAUGCAUGCAAAAAAAAUUUAAAAUCUUAAGACCGUCUAUUUCAUGUUAUCGGGACACAAAAGCAGGCGCAGUAGUAUGGAAACAGCUAACAAAGAGAUUUUGGAUGUAGUGUUGCGCAAUUGAAAAGCCAUGAAAUAUAUAUUGUCUUACUCUUUGCUUCAUUCUGUAUGCUGCUACUUCCAUAUAAUGUUUCUGGGGUACAGUAAAGUACUUAGACAGCAAAACUUUGGAAAUUCAUUGUAUAUAUCGCAGUAUAGGCUUUUUUAAAGUUUGAUGCUAUGUGUAUGUACGUGUGUGUGUGUGUGUGUUACUGUAAUAUAUGCGUGGUUGAGGAAGGGAGGAUUGUUAAGUGUUUGAGCUCUAUACCUGCUACUCUCCAGCGAGGUUCGUCUUGUCCUCACAGAGACAGAAAUGGAAACAGCAUUUUCACUCUGCCUCUGAAUUUUAAGUAACAGCCAACACCAUAGCAACAGCAACAAAUAAACCCUUUCAAAAAUGGUAUGAAAUGAUAUGCUUGUGAGGGACAAGGUAGAAUCCCGGGAAGCGAGGAAAAUCUGAGAUAAAUUUUGAUUUAAUGUGUUUGUUUUGUUAUGCAGAUACUUGUUCUUUCGUAAUGUGGCCGAGGUCAUUGGAAAGGAAAGCUGAUUCACUGGUUAAACACGACCCCGACAAAGAACAACGGGGAUAAUGUUAGUGUUUUUAAUAGUGUCGUUUUACAAAUUUUAUUCACUAGAUAUAUGAAUAUGCAGCAGAAUCCCUCUCAGUAUUUUUUAACAUCAGAUACAACCUUUGAUGCAAAAUUUACUUUUCCUCAACACUGAGGGAUGCAAAGUUGAAAAGAUUUUAAAUGUUUGAGACAAGAUGAGAAAAAACAUGAUGGGUUAUUUGCUGCAUGUUUCCUUGUGUAUGUUAUCAUAACAGGAAUGAUGUGACUGUUAUGUUUGGCAAAAAAAAGAACAAUGUCAUCACAUUAAAUAAUACAAACAAUACUUUGAAACAAUAAAGAAGUGCUGAAUGGAUUUAAAAGAAUAUAUGUUUAAGGGCCGACACUUUAAACACAGCACAUCAUCCCAUAGAUGAGCUCAGCUUGGAAAAAAAAGAUCUUAAUUGCUAUACAUUUACUGCAAUUCAAUUCAGCCAUCGCUCUGUGGAGGGCCUGGAAAAUGUGUUUCAGCAACAAUGAAGACAGUUCAUCUUAACGUUGGGACAUCAAAUCAAAAAGACGCGACCAAACCGGAGUCCAACUGUUGAAAUGGAUAAUCUUGAUGUUUUCUCCCUGCAGUGGUCCCACUUCAGUGUGUGCUGACUGUCUGGGCUCCUGAACCUGUUGCAUAUAAGUCAAAAUUGAUUUGAUUACCCUUUAAUCAGUCCUGCAAGAUACAGAAAUUAGGAAGUCGCUGUCCUAAGAAGACAUUAUUAAUGGGCCAUUUGUUUGUUUCCAUAUCAAAAGAGAACAGUGGUCUCAACAUCUAUUGGCUGAAUUGACAUGAAAUCAGUUAUGUGUUUUUUCUCCCUUCGAGAUGUACCAUCAUCACUUUCCACAACAUUAGUCACCAAAUACUCAGUUAAUGACAUUGUCUAUUUCUGUUCAGUUUAAUUGGCAGUGACACACAAUAACAAUGUAUCAUCCCUUAAAACUAAACAAUAGUCUAAAAUGGCUGAAAAAAGCGGGAUACUGUGACUUUUUCAAUGAAUAAAGGACAUUCGUUUAAUAUUAACAGAUGACAUGUGAUGAUAAUAUGAUGAUAGCCUUUGGAGCAUCUACCCUGAGCGUCGCAUGGAGUGUCGGGACGCAUUAAUUUAUCACGCCCAUCCACCGCUGAUGAGGCUGAUAGAAUGAUAAGUAUGUGGCAGAGAGGGGGAUGUGGAAGGGUGAGUAACAGCAGCACUAAGUACUAAGUACUACUAAGGAUGGAGAGACAAUCCCAUUUAAAACACGACGGCAGCAAGACGAAAGGCUUAUGAAGUAAUUGUGUUCCUGUGCUAUCGGGGAACAGAGACCAGCUGAUCAGAACAGCUGAUAUUGAAAGGCCCGAAUGAGAGGAAGGAAGUUAUGAGAGAGCGUGAGAGGAGUUAACGGCAUUCAUGAGGAAUAAGCUACAGGCCGAGGUAUGCAAAAGAAUAGUGUUUUUGACUAAAUGUAUGCUACAGUUUUAUUUGUUAUGUACUGGAUACUUUGUUAAUUUAGGAACGAUUUUGGAAAAACUUUGUUGUAGUUGUAGUCCAGUUUAGUUCUAAAAACCUCCACGUUGGAUGUUAAUAUGAAUCCUUUGUCCUUUGUAGGAUCUAUUGUGAUUUAAUGUAUUGCCAAUUAAAUCAUCUUUAUUUGAAUCUGAAAGUAAGACAAAUGGGACAAAGCGAAAAAAUGCAUUCCUCCUUUUUAUUUUUUUUACAAAGCUUUGAAUGUAUAAUGAAUUGUCAUGGGAGCUAAUGACGUGAGUAACCAAACUUAUUACACCGUGAAUGCGAAAAGCUCUGUGAAGAGAGGCCACAGUCCCUUUGCAAUGUGAUAAAAGGGUUGGGGUUAAUGUUGUAUUUAACAGUGCUCAACAAAUAAAGCCUAAUUAUUCA